CAAACUUUCCAAAUAUAUGGAUCACCUUUAAAAAUUUGCAAUUCAUGGGUUGAAUUAGGUGCAUGCAUGAUGGUCAUUGGCUAAUAAAAAAUGCUGAUUAAAGUUUAAAGGAUAUUUUGUGGGGCUUUUUUCACUCCUGUCCAAGCCAUAGAAGAGACUACCGUGCUUUGUGUUUACUUGGAUUUUAGAUUCCACUAAUGCUUUUGAUGUCUAUUUUUUUUUUAUUCACCUGAUUUGAGGACUGUUUGCACUUUUUCCCUCCAGAAAUGUUCUCUGGAAGAUCUGGAUCUUGGACUGGUGGCGAGGGGGUUUGGGUUGAAUUAUCUGGAAAAAUGCAUGUCUUAGCCCAGUCUCUCUCCCAGCUGUACCAGAGAAUAGAUGAUCGAAUUGUCUUGGUCUCAAACUACACACAGGAAGAGUUUGUCUUUCUCUUGAGCAGCAAGGCUAGUGGUUGUGGCCUCAAUUUGAUAGGUGGGAAUCGACUGGUCUUAUUUGACCCUGAUUGGAAUCUUGCCAAUGACAAACAAGCUGCUGCAAGAGUCUGGAGAGAUGGACAAAAAAAGUGUACCAGUGUCAGAUGUCGAAAGAAGGGCUUCAAAAAGUUAUUCAACAGGAACAAAUAGAUAAAGCUAAGGACCAGGUACUUGUUCUGAUGCAGCCGUGGUGCUAUUGGAAAUGCCUUUAAAUGUAUAACAGCAACAGUGGUAAUUACAGGGGAACUUUCUCUCAACAGAAGAUCUAUGGGAUCUGUCCACAUUUCGUGAGAAUGUGAGGUACGUGUCUCCUCACAUUUCG